AUGCCCGUGCCCAUGCCCGUACCGUUGGAGAGGGGUGCCGAACGAUUCUCUUCUUGCCCUCCCUCUUCGAGGCCGUCCGUCAAGAAGGCACUGAUCGUUGGCUUGUGCUACAAUACGAACAAUCGGCUCGAUAUGCGGAAGCUGCCGGGCGCACAGGAAGACGUGAAACGGCUUCACCACCUACUCACUACGAAGUUCGAGUAUCCCUCGGAGAAUAUUGUCAUCAUGACCGACGUGGGGCCGACUGUGGACACCCGUUGGCCAACGAGGGAGAACAUAGUUCGGGAGAUGAGGGAGCUCGUGCACGACGUGCGAGACGGUGACAGUAUCUGCUUCGCCUACUCCGGUCAUGGAGGUCAAGUCCCGACAGACGGCCCCGAGGAGAUAGACCACUUGGACGAGAUCUUUCUCCCGAUAGAUGCGACCUAUGAGCCCCAGCGCAGCGGCGAUAAGUACGUUAACUUCAUUCGCGACAACGAUGUUCGCGAUAUCCUCGUGGACCACCUUCCAGAUGGGGUCCGCUGCACGAUGAUCUUCGACUGCUGCCACUCCGGCACGGCUUCAGACCUGUUGAAUGUCGAUGUUCCACCGACCCCUGUGUCUCCCCUUGCUUCUCCUCUUGAUUCUCUCCUUGCUCGCCCCCAAGCUCAAGGUUCCCGUGCCUUUGCCCGCAUGCAGACUGUUCAUGAUGGGCAUGCCGACUUGUUGGAGCGUUUUCCAGAUUGCCGGAGAAACAGCCCGCCCGCGACGAACUACGUGACGUCAUGGUCCGCAUGUUGCGACGACCAGGAGACGUUCGGCAAUCUCAAAGGCGGGCUCUUCGUCAAGGCAUUCUACAACUCCCUGAUCAAACAGAGUGCCGCCGCGCCGACUCACUCGGGGCUCUUGCUGGGGCUUCGACAUGAGCUACGGGACGCCGUCGACCGUUCCAACAAGAACACCAAGCGCCGAAAUCCCGAGUGGACCGAGGACGACCUGCUGGUCGCCCCACGGCCGCAGCUCGGCGCUUUGCUGUCGCCAGAGGCCAUCCUCGACGUUCGCUUCACGAUGUGA